AUGGGCCUGGAGCAUUUGACUUCAAACAGGGAGAUGACCAGGCAGGGGAAAUGCAUUUGGAAGCUGGUUGGAGGGUUACUGAAAAAACCAGAUGAGGAGCAGAUCAAUUUUCAGGAUCCCAAACCCAUUUUGAUCGACACUUGUGAAAUGCAUGAUCCAUACGACUGGGCAACUUUAUGCAGCCUGCCACACUACCAAUUCAGAUUUUGCAAAUCGGGCAACUUGUUAUUCUCAGUGUUCCAGGAGGUUUUUGUAGAAUUCACAACAAUGGCCGGGAGACGUCUGCGUGAUGCGGUGAAGGAAGUUUUGACUUCAUUUGGAGAGGAAGAAGAAAAAGAAGAAUUUCAUGUUGUGAUUGCUGGACUUACAAAUACUUAUUCGCAGUAUGUGACUACGAUUGAGGAAUAUCAGAUUCAGAGAUACCAGACCAUGAUGAUUCAAAGUUCUGGAAAGGUAUCCAGAGGUCAGGUUGACAACAACACAUUCAUCUCUACAAAUCCUGAUGUUGGUAUUAGGAAGCACAAAAAAGAAGGUUUUCAUCUCUACAAGUCUGGUUUAUGGAGGUUUCUGAAGGUUUUUGAUAUGCUUGAAGCAAAUGCAGGGUUUCUUGUAAGAGCCACAAUUGUUUUCAUUUGUGAAAUCUUGGAUUGUUGCCCAUGGUUCGAGUUUGCUGAUCUUGAGGUCACCUGCCUUUGA